UGUCUGUGUCGCUCGAUGACAUAUUGUUGCGGAUCAGUGGAUGUUACAAUGCCUCAACAAAUUGUGAAGCAGAUUCCUUCAAAAUUUGUGAGACAGAUCAAUUCACAUUCUGUAAAACAUGCCUGGUCCCAUAUAGCACAAUACAUCGUCAACGACAUCAUUCUCUAUGGUGGAGCGAAGUGUGAUUUCACGGCUGUCAAGAAUAUCGAAGAUGGUCCUCGAUACGACCUCGGGGCUGUUAUUCUCCUGAAGGACAGAUCGCUGAAGGAAAGACUCCUGUUGCGGCCCCCCAAGGCUCGACCAGUGUGUAUGCUUGAGGACAUCCUGGUUUGCCCAGAGGAUAUUUCCUCCGAAGUGUCGUCUGCAAUGAAGAGAGCCACUAAUGUGUCCUUGAGUGUGAGUCACGGGACCUACACCGGCAAGGACACAUCUCUGCAGGCCAGCAAGCGGGUGUUCCUUACUUUUGAAAACUGCAAGAGACAGGUGCUGGACCGUAUCGAGAUGGUGAAAGGCACCAUCAUAGAUCUCUUUGCGUGUGAUGCAUUUGGGUUCAACGUGGAGGACCUGUAUCUAGUUACUGAGGUCAUCUACAGCCAGGACAUCUUCUUCAGGUUGAUCUACAACGGUGUCGUCAUCGACUUUCGGCAAGAUAUUCGCUGGCCAAUCGCCUUCAAGCUGUCCAAAUUUAAUAUUCUGUACGACUCUGUGCUGGGCCAUAUACAAAGCAUCCCAAAAAGUUUAAAGGUCAACUGGCGCGAUUAUUUGAAUCUCCAGGUGGUGCGAGUGUCAUUCAUCGGCGACCGAGAGCGUGGCUACGGUGACGACAUGCUGCGUGUUGCUCGACGUCGUCGUCGGGUCCGGGAAAUCUACACUAGGCAUGAUGGGUAGAGUCUGAAGAUUCUGAAGAUGUUUUCUUAGCAAUUAAGUAUUUUUUUGUGUAGCAUCCCACUAUAAUGUCCUGGGUGCGUCACAUUUCGACUUGUCUACAUGCUCAAGACACCAUGAUCACUUGAAGUCAUGCCAGAACUACCUUGGUUAGGAACCAAUGUGUUCAUAUGUCGUAAUUGUCUUAACUGUUACCAUGUUAUAAAACUAUUCGUUAAAGAUUCUGGUCAAAACCAUCGAGCGUUAUUGUAACUUUGCUUGUUUUCACGUUACUCUUUAUAUGAUUUUUUAUAUGAUAUAAUAUGUUUUCGAUAAACACACUUCUUGUGUUUGUUUGUAAGGUUGUUUAAUAAUAUCAGAUUCAAGUUUGUCUUAGCGCCAGAUUAAGAGAUUUGCGGCGUCACGCCAGGGUCUGUAUAGAUUACAAGGAACGGUUAGAUAUCUGGCUUUAUGUCAGCUAGAUAUCUGGCUUAUGUGUCGGCUAGAUAUCUGGCUAUGUGUCGGCUAGAUAUCUGGCUUAUGUGUCGGCUAGAUAUCUGGCUAUGUGUCGGAUAGAUAUCCGGCUAUGUGUCGGAUAGAUAUCUGGCUUAUGUGUCGGAUAGAUAUCUGGCUUAUAAGUUGGUUAGUUGUCUGGCUUGAAAGUCAUCUAUCUGUUGUUCUAGCUGCGGAUAACUAAUGUGUCAUCUCUAUCUGGGCCCGUUAUCUGCGAGACAUACAACGGUCGCGUUAAUGCAACACAUCGGUAGCAUCUAUCUGUGUAUCGUCACCUUCAUCCUCUUUACAACAGAAGGACGAAUCUCAUUUGUAUUUCAUAACUGUAAAAAUAAGUUACGUUUGAAGUCGUCCGUUUUGCGAUCGUUCUAAUAACUGUUUUUUUAAUGAUUUUAUGACAAAUGGGUAAUACAAAUGGGAUUAUCAAGUAAUUGUGAGAUGGGGAGACGGUUAUUUUUGUGCUUAUAGGAGUGAGUGAGUUUUGUUUUACACCGCCUUUAGCAAUAUCCCAGACAUAUCACGGCGGGGGACACCAGAAAUGGGCUUCAUACAUUGUACCCAUGUGGGGAAUCGAACCCGGGUCUUCGGCGUGACGAGCGGACGCUUUAACCACUAGGCUACCCGGCCGCCCCUUUGCUUAUAGGUAGCCAUAAGGUAACUGUACAGUGUACUCAGUAUCGUAGUAAUGUGAUGUACACAUACAAGGUGAGCAUCCAGAUGGUACUCCGGAUCGUGCCCGGCAUCCGAGACUAUCAACAUCCUCUCAACAAGGUACAGUCCGGUCCAUGCAUGAUAUCGCGGAGUGAUAUUUCUAUGAAGCCGGUCAAGUCGGCGCUAGUUUCUCCGGGGCCUAUUGCAUCGUUGGGGACGACUACAUCACCUUUAUGCUAAUUUACAGACUCCAAUUUAAUUGAUUAUUUCAUAUGUUGUAUGUAAUGAUUAAGUUUGUUUUUUAAACGCUUAAUUGUUGUUUCUUCUUUUAACCACUUAUAAGAAUCCGUUCCUUUUGAAUGAACCUUUUUUCAUAUUUCAAUCAUGAAAUAAAUGGGGUUUUUAAACAUAAAUUAAUAACAUAAUAUCAUAUUGUAUGUUUUCCUUGUUGAUGUUUUAAUCAUUCGUGGAUCGUAUUGCUUGCCAUAUGUUACCAUAAUUGAUAGUUUGUGAUAUUUGACAUUCCUGAAUUAUACAGCUAUAUGUGAUUCAACUAUUGUUCCCAUUGAAGGUUUGUGAUAUGAGAUAUUUCCAUAUUCAUUUCAGUGAUUAUUCGUUUCGUCAUGUUACCUUUGAAUCAGAUGCUUAUACUUAUCUUUCGGUUAGAAACAAAAUGCAACGCCUGUCUUCAGAUAGGCAGUGUUUGCAUUAACUAAACUAAGUUUCUUUGCUUCAUGGUAUGGCCAUAUGUAGUCCAUGAGACAUCCUCUGGGUGACCAUGACUGUGUGUAGAAGUG